AUGUCUGUUCCAAUCGUCAAAGUCCCAGGGACUACGGGUCUUGGUCUCAUGAACUUCACGUGGAAACCCACACCCACCAAAUUCGAAGAUGCUUUCAAGAUCAUGCUGCAAGCGAUCGAACAGGGUGCAACUUUCUGGAAUGCAGGUGAGUUUUACGGAAUGAAUUCUUCUGAAUUGAAUCUAGAAUUGUUGCAAGCCUUCUUUGCAAAAUAUCCUGAGACCAGGUCAAAGGUUGUUAUCUCGGUCAAAGGAGGACUGAAGCAAAUGAUUCCGGACAGUUCUCGUGAGAACCUCAUCAAAUCCGUUGAUAACAUCAUCAGGUUUUUUCCAGGUAACUACAUUGACUUGUUUGAGCCAGCGAGAUUGGACGGUAAGGUACCUAUCGAGGAAGUCGUUUCUACGCUUGCUGAGCUGGUCAAGGCAGGCAAGAUUCGUGGUAUUUCUCUCUCUGAAGUCAAUGCUGAAACGCUACGCAGGGCUGCCAAAGUCCACCAAAUUUCGGCCGUUGAGGUGGAGUUCUCGCUUGUUACCAGAAACCCUCUCGAGAACGGCCUCCUCAAGACUGCUUUUGAAAAUAACGUUACUGUUGUGGCCUACUCACCACUUGGCCGUGGUUUCUUAAGCGGUCAUCUGAAGAGUCUAGCUGACCUACCUGAAAACGAUAUCAGGCGCCAUAUGGAUAGAUUCAACACAGAGGAGUACUUCAAUCACAACCUAAAGUUUUUGGAGAGACUCGAGCCAAUCGCCGCCAAGAAGGGUAUAACUUUGGCCCAACUUGCUCUGGCAUGGGUCAGAUAUUUCUCAGGGAAGCCUGGGUUCCCCCAAGUGAUUCCUAUUCCAAGUGUAUCUACUUCAGUGGAAAGACUGAUUGAAAACGUUACUGAUGUCGGACUGACCGAGGCUGAGUUUAAGGAGGUACAAGAAGUUGUUGACUCUUUUGAAAUCAAGGGCGGAAGAGCCAAUGCCAUGAUGGAGACUUUCAUGGAUAUGUGA